AGGAGAGCCAGCCUGCACCACACAGCGUCGCCCUUGAGGGUGCAGCGCAACGGGCCGGCUCACACUCCACCACCUCCGACUAUGAGCUCUCGCUUGACCUCAAAAUAAGCAGAUCGAAAUGUUAGAGCACAAAUACGGCGGCCACCUCAUAUCCCGCCGUGCCGCCUGCAAGAUCCAGACCGCCUUCCGCCAGUACCAGCUCAGCAAGAACUUCGAGAAGAUCCGCAAUUCGCUGCUGGAGAGUCGUCUGCCUCGACGCAUCUCCCUGCGCAAGGCCCGCGUGCAGAACCCGGAGGGUUUCUCUGCUGAACGGGCCCUGGCAGAAGGCUACAACUUGACAGGCAUCCCAUUGGUGCGCUCGCCAUCUCUGCCUGCCACAGUUGGUGGCACCCUGACCGACCUGGAAGACUCAUUCACUGAACAGGUCCAGUCACUGGCAAAGUCCAUAGACGAUGCACUCAGCAACUGGAGCCUGAAGACCAUGUGCUCACUGCAGGAAGGCGGCACCUACCAGUUUGGCGCCGACCCCUUCAGUGCCGCAGCGGCGGCAGCGGCAGCGGGAGGAGGCGGAGGCGGAGGAGAGGGAUGCGCUGGGGGAGAGCCAACGCUUAUUCAAGGCCCACUCGACCCAAGUGACCUGUCGAGGAGUGCAAGCAAGCUGAUGAUGGCGUUCCGGGAUGUGACGGUGCAGUUCGACAGCCAGAAGUUCUGUGUUUCCUCCUCAGUCAUGGAAUCGUCCACCGUCACCCUCGGCAGCUGCGUCCAGCAGGACGGAGCCCCCCCGACUGUCACAUCUACUUCCACAAAGGCAAACUCCUUUCCAGUCUUCACCCCUGCCGGCCUCUCGCAAGAACCCCCUCCUGCCCCCGCAGAGCUCCCAGCCGAACCCAUAGACCCACCACCCCCGCCGCAAGAACCCCCGCCCCCCCCGGAAUCUGAAUUUGAAGAAGGGGAGCAGGAUGUCGAGUUCCCUGCUCCGCCACCGAGUGAAGAGGAGCUCGGGGAGGACGACCAGCCUCCCCUGACCCCUCUGGAUAAGAUGGCUGCUCCUCAAAGCCCACCGGACGUGGUGGUGGUGGUGCCACCGCCCGCCGAGCUUCCUCAGGUCGCGCCAACGCUGCUGGGGAGCUCGCCCCCGGCGGCGCCCCUGGAGGUCAACAGGUGCAGCUCAGAGACGGCGGACAACAGCUCGGAGCAGAUGAGCAGCAGCAGCACGUCCACGGAAGCCCGCUCCACAUCGGAGGCCUCGUCCAAGGAGGCUCUGCAGGCCAUGAUCCUCAGCCUGCCACGCUAUCAAUGCGAGAACCCCGCCAGCUGUAAAUCCCCCACGCUGUCCACUGACGUCAUGCGGAAACGCCUCUACCGCAUCGGCCUCAAUCUCUUCAACGUAAACCCUGACAAGGGCCUUCAGUUCCUGAUCUCUCGGGGCUUCAUCCCAGACACGCCCAUCGGCGUCGCCCACUUUCUGCUGCAGCGGAAGGGCCUGAGCCGCCAGAUGAUCGGAGAGUUCCUCGGCAACAGCAAAAAGCCCUUCAACAGAGAUGUGCUGGACUGUGUGGUGGAUGAGAUGGACUUCUCUGGCAUGGAGCUGGACGAAGCGCUCAGGAAGUUUCAGGCCCACAUUCGUGUGCAGGGAGAAGCGCAGAAGGUGGAACGUCUCAUCGAAGCCUUUAGUCAGCGCUACUGCAUGUGCAACCCCGAUGUGGUGCAGCAGUUCCACAACCCAGACACCAUCUUCAUCCUGGCCUUCGCCAUCAUUCUGCUCAACACCGACAUGUACAGCCCAAACAUCAAGCCCGACCGCAAGAUGAUGCUGGAGGACUUCAUACGCAACCUGCGAGGUGUGGACGAUGGAGCGGACAUCCCGAGGGACAUGGUGGUGGGGAUCUAUGAAAGGAUACAGCUGAGGGAGUUACGGUCCAACGAAGAUCACGUCACCUACGUCUCCAAGGUGGAGCAGUCCAUCGUCGGCAUGAAAACAGUUCUCUCUGUCCCUCAUAGAAGACUGGUGUGCUGCAGCCGCCUGUUUGAGGUGACUGAUGUCAACAAGGCCCAAAAACAGGCGGCUCACCAGAGAGAAGUCUUCCUCUUCAAUGAUCUCAUUGUGAUCUUGAAGCUUUGCCCGAAGAAGAAGAGCUCUGCAGCCUACACGUUCUGCAAAGCGAUGGGCCUUCUCGGCAUGCAGUUUCACCUGUUUGAAAACGAAUAUUAUCCUCACGGCAUCACCAUCCUCUCACCUUUUGGCUCAGACAAGAAGCAGGUACUUACCUUCUGUGCCCAAAGUGCCGAAGAGCUGCUCAAGUUCGUAGAAGACCUGAAGGAAUCAAUUUCAGAGGUGUCGGAGAUGGAGCAGAUACGUAUCGAGUGGGAGCUGGAAAAGCAGCAGGGAGCGAAGACGCACUCGGUGAAGAACAACGGCACACAGCUGGAGCUGCGCGGCAAACUGGGCUCCCCAUCAGGAAACCAGGAGAUAGAUGAAAGAAGUGGACAAAAUGCAGUAGAGGUGUCAAUUCACAACAGGCUUCAGACGUACCAGCUCAGCAGCAGCACGGCGCCGAGCCCCGAGAGCGCGGCGCUUCUUAACCACCGGGGGGAGCUGCUCUUCCAGCAGGUGCCCCAGGGGCCGACCCCUGCCGGGCCGGCACCUCCACCCGAGCACACGCAGCUGCAGUCAGCGGCGAGCUCCCCGGCCCACCACCACCACCUCCUCCACCUCCAGCAGCAGCAGCAGCAGCACCAACACCACCACCACUACCAGCCGGCCGUCAGCGUGAGCGAUCUGAGGCCCGAGACGCUCAUCCAGUGUCAGCAGAUCGUCAAGGUCAUCAUGCUCGACAGCAGCGGCCACGGACGGGUGGAGGCCUUCCUCAGCCAGACGCCCGCGCACCACCGCUACCAGCACCACCACCACCACCACAGCCACCAACGGCUCAGCCAGUCGGCCAUGUCGACGCCGGUCCGCUCGGCGGACUGCUCCCAUGGCGACGACGGCCACCAGCCCCCGCUGCCUCCCCCGCCGCCGCCUUACAACCACCCUCACCAGUACAUUCCACCCGACCCCCGCCUCAGUCUACAUCGGACCCCAAGUGGCUCUCGGAGCAUGGUGUAAAUAAAUGAAUUAGUAUUCUUUCCCUAACACGCAUUUCCACACCGCUGCGCCCCCUACCACCCCCCCCCCCCUCUACCUAUUUAACAGUACAUAAUGUACAUAUUAUAUAUAUAUACAAAUGGAAGAGCUAUAGUGAAAAAAAAUUAAUCUCACUUAUAUGCAUAUAUUUAAGGAAAAAAUUCACUAAAAGAAAAAAAUCUAAGUUUUAAAAGAAGAAAAGGACAAAUGACGUGCAUAUAUAUAAAGUUUUACUUGAUUCCACAUGUAUUUUGAAAUAUUAUGUAGUUUUAACAAAUUUCUAUAACUUUUUGUCAAUUUUAACUUGCUAGAGAAAACACAGAUAUUUAGUUUCCGGAUUGGAGUCCUUCUGUUUGCGGCAUUCAACAACACCACCAGUGACAGACAUGGACAGUGAUGGCUGGACACAGUCCGAGGAACCUUCCGCUUCCGUUCGCUUUCAUCAUCCCAAACCUCAUGCCUACUGCGCCGUAUGUGCACAGCUGACACUCACUGAAAACGUGUGCCAAAAUAAAGAGGCUCCACAAAAACACGGACUCCUUUUGCACUCGACUGAACGCCAGCGCUAGAAGAAAGAAAAAGAAAUUCAUUCCUUUUUGAAAAAAGAAACAGUCCUUUCACGCUUCUGCCACAAGCAGCACAAAAAAAAAAUAGAAUAACAAAACUGAACAUCUGCUCCUCUGUCGUGUUGUGGCGUUUUAUCAUCAGAAAACAAUCCCUUGUCCCCGUUGAUCAUUCUACAGUGAAGAAUGACAGGGAAUAAAGGCAACCAAUCACAAAGGAUUUCUGCCAAAACCAAAAAGUCAUCCCACGAUGCUCCUGCUGACUGUUGUACGUCUUUUACUCUUCAUAUUUAAUAUCGCAGACGCUUCCCACGAGUCCCCGCCAGUGGGGAAGUCUUUUUCAUACGUUGAAAUUGUUAAAGCUCCUGUAACCCGCCCUCAGACUUUUCCAUGAAAUGCUACGCGUGUUAAAUGUCAACAUCUGUGUUUAUUCUGGUUUGCAGAAAGCAUAUUCCGGCUCUGCGUGGAUAAAUGACUGAAUCCACCCCAAAAGCAUCCGGAACUCUUUCUCUUUAUGGUUCUGUUCACAGUUUUCUCUUCCCUCCAAACCUUUCAGUCUGACAUUUUUUGAAAAAAGGCAAAAAACUACAGAGGCCCAAACACAGCUUGUAUUGCAAAUGCUGGCAUUAAUGGGAUUGUUAUCGCUGUUGGCUAGUCUGCUUUAAAUACGAAAAGAAUGCAUUGUCUGAUUAUUCUCUUUAACCCCAGCCGACUUUGUAAAUACCACUUUCAAUUAGCGUCGGAAAGGACGAGCAAGCUCCCUUUUAGCCCCUUCGGAAUGCUAUCGCCCUGCCGAUGCGUCCCUCAUUCUGAAAUAAGCCUGAAUUAGUCCAUCUUUUAAACAUGAGCCCCCACCAGGUACUGUGGGAUGGACACAUAUUUAACUCUGCUCUCAUCUGACCGAACCUUUCUGAUUUGUUGAUUUAUUAUCACAGAGGCACCGCAGGAAGGUCUUAUCCCGUCAAUCUGUCCUUUUCCACUCGUUAUUCCACCCAGCGGGAAGGCAGAGGUCACAGAAUAAAUGUGUGUGUGUGUGACCUGCUCCCAGUGGCAUUCCAACUAACCCCAAAAAGAGAAAUCAGACCCUCUCUCCCGUUCAGUGUGGUAAUUAUUUUGUUGUUAUUAUUCACCACAAUAAAAAAAUGAGCGCCUUGGAAAUUAAUAGAGAGCUUUUGUCAGUUUUGAUAAUAUCAACAAACAAAAAAAAAACAUUGAAGGUUAUGCAAUACAUUCGAAUAAAGGUCAUCAAAAGUUGAUAUUUGGGAUUUCACACUGGUGGCUGAUGAUUGUAUGACUGCUGAUUGAUGCAUUUGUUUAGAUCAACUUUAAUAUAUGAUUCUUCCCCCAUGCAUGCCAUCAGUUUGGAGGUCAAUCGAACUCUUAUUCCCAGAAGUUUAACAUUUUUUGUGCAUGACUGAAUGUGCUUCUAGCUAAGAUGACACGUUUCUUUUUUGUGGUUGUAAAAAAAAGAAUCAAAUCAAACACCCAUGUAAAUUUAAAAUGGCAAAUUUGAGGCUUCUAUUUUGCAAAAACAGGCCAUUUCUGUUAUUCUGUCCUCCACAGCCCAUUAUGUGUGUUUCCCUACUUGACAAUUUAUGUACGGAUUCUGGGGACAAAGACUGCGUGUGCAAUAAACAUGAAUAUGAGGCACACUGAAAAUCACAAGUUCAUGUCUGGAAGGAAACCAAUGUAGCAUUUUGAGAGUGGAGCGAAUGACAUUGAGGCGCAGCAGUGGCCAACUUUCUUUACUGAACACUGAAAAGGGCUCUGCCAUACCAGUGCACUGCUUCAUCCAUUAAUGUGGAUCCUGUCUGGCUCUUCAAACACUGUGCUUGCUCAUACUAGUUUAAAAAAAAAAAGAAUUACUAAUAGAGUGGACACAUUUAUUGUGAGACAAGUGGAAACUGAGUGUUACACAUAUAAACCAUCAACCAUCCCUCAGUUAGCUCUGAAUCCCUCUCUACUUGUCUUUGCAGUAUAUCAACAUGCUAUUAAAGAUGAUUUAAGUCUA